AUGCUUCAAGCGGCGGAGGAAAUCACAGGCUUCCUGGGCGAGGACGCUGUAACGUACGAUGCAGAGGUCUUGGAACAUCAUGGACAUUCGGACUGGAGCACGGCGAACUCCUGUGAAAGAGCGAUCGCUGUGGCUUACCCUCGCUCAACCGAAGAGGUCUCGACAAUCGCCCGAAUUUGCAGUAAAUACAGGGUGCCGAUGAUUCCAUUCGGCGCCGGCUCAAGCGUUGAGGGCAACUUUGCUCAGCCUUAUUCUGGGCUUUGCAUUGAUAUGUCCUACAUGGACCAAGUCAUUGCCUUUCACCCGGAGGAUAUGGAUAUCGUUGUGCAGCCUGGCGUCAACUGGAUGGAUCUCAAUUCCCAAAUCGCCUCAUCAGGAUUGUUCGCGCCAAUGGAUCCGUCUCCUACCGCCUCUGUUGGAGGAAUGGUCUCGACCAAUUGCUCCGGUACCAACGCCAUGCGUUAUGGCACUAUGAAAGACUGGGUUCUCAACCUAACGGUCGUGCUUCCAGACGGUUCUGUAAUUAAGACGCGGAGGAGACCUCGCAAAACAUCAGCCGGCUUCAAUCUGACCUCUCUCUUUGUGGGAUCUGAAGGAACCCUUGGGAUCGUCACGGAGGUGACGCUCAAGCUCACGCCAAUUCCAGAAGAUACGAGCGUCGCAGUGGUGUCCUUUCCAAGCAUCAAAGCGGCAUCAGCUGCUGCAUCGGCCUUGAUGCGGUCUUCGGGGGUCCAACUCGCAGCGCUUGAGAUAUUAGACGAUGUACAGAUGCGGGUUCUCAACAAGCACGGGAGUGCAGUCGUGAAGAAGCGGAAAUGGGCAGAGAAACCGACCUUGUUUCUAAAAUUCUCUGGUUGCGCAGAGGCUGUCAGGGGCGACGUCAAGCGUGUGUCUCAAUUGAUCAAACCGUUCACAAGCGACUCUUUUCAAGUAGCUCGGACCAAACAAGAGGAGCAUGACCUUUGGUUAGCCAGGAAAGAAGCUCUCUUCACAAUGGUGAGCAUUCGCCCGCCAGGGACCCGACUAUGGUCCACCGAUGUCGCGGUGCCGCUGUCUCGUCUUGCAGAGAUCAUAGAUGUCUCGAAGCAGGACUGCAGUCAACUUGGAAUCUUUGCCAGUGUUGUCGGCCAUGUGGGCGAUGGCAAUUUUCACGUCGCCAUGUUCUACGAUCCCCAGGAUGCUGAGCAGAGUGCCAAAGUUGGCAGAGCAGUCAAGAUCAUGAUGAGGAGGGCGCUAGAAAUGGAGGGCACGGUGUCUGGAGAGCACGCCAUUGGAAUUGGGAAGAAGGAGUGCUUGAUGGACGAGCUUGGCCCGGCCACCAUUGGAUUGAUGCAAACACUCAAGAAAGCCGUCGAUCCGAAUUGGUUAAUGAACCCAGGCAAGGUCUUCGAUCCACCGUCUAACCUCUAUGUAUAA